AUGCUCGUGCCGAUAAUCCACGUCAUCAUGUCCCCAACGCAUCCCAAGGCGGAGGACCGGAGGAAGUAUCUCAAUUAUGAUGAGUAUGGGGUGCCAUAUCUGAGGCCUGAGCAGCUGUUGCCGAAGCGUGAUUACCGCGUGUUGCUUUUCAACAUUAUCCCUGGCAUCUGGGCGGUGACCAUAGGGUUCUAUUUCUAUGCGGCGAUCACCAAUUUCAGACCUGGGUUCUGCACCAAGAGCGGGUUCUUCGG